AUGACAAUAUCCCGGUGCCAGACUGUGAGGACACCCGGAUCAUGGAGGAACAUUGAUGUUGAUUUGAUGAUCAUUGCUAGAAGUACUCCUGGAUUCUCCGGUGCUGAUCUUGCAAAUCUUGUCAAUGUUGAUGAUGUGAUUGCUACAAUGCAUGGUGCUAAAGAUGUGAUAAUGGCUGAUCUGGAGUAUGAAAAGGACAAGAUCAUAUUGGGCAGUGAACGUAAGUCGGCUGUCAUUUCUGAAGAGUCACAAAAAUUGACAGCUUUCCAUGAGGCUGGCCAUGCCCUUGUUGUUAUCCAUACGGAUGGGGCACUUCCUGUUCACAAAGCAACAAUAGUCCCUCGAGGGAUGGCUCUUGGCAUGGUGUCCCAGUUACCUGAUGUGGAUCAAACAAGCUUCUCCCGAAAACAGAUGCUUGCGAGGCUUGAUGUUGCCUUGGGUGGGUGGGUUGCAGAAGAGCUCAUCUUUGGAGAAAAUGAAGUCACUUCUGGUCCUUGCUCUGAUCUUGAGAAAACAACUAAAUUAUCCAGAUCUAUGAGCUUGAGCUCGGAGACUAGGCAUAUUAUAGAGAAAGAAGUGAAGUACUUAAUGGAAAGGGCUUAUAACAAUGCAAAAACCAUCCUCACUACCUACAGCAAAGAACAUCAUGCGCUUGCCAACGCAUUGCUUGAGCAUGAGACACUCACAGGAGCUCAGAUUAAGGCUCUGCUUGCACAGGUAAACUCUCAGCAACGGCAACAAGAACAGCGUGAAGAGAUGAUUGUAUCACAGAAUGAACCUAAGUCCAAACCAGCAUCGUCAAGUUCAAGUCCAGCUGCAUCAGCCGCUGCUGCAGCAGCUGCGGCCGCCGCCGCCGUAACUACUACAUCUAAAGCAAAAGGCGUUGCUCCUGUUGGAUCUUAG